AUGAUGGCCGGCCAUCCCAGCCAGUCACUCGACGUCAUCGACUUGAAUUCACUUAAAGACCCUUCCGGAAUUUUCGAGCUCAUCGAGGUGGUCGGUACGGGCACCUAUGGACAAGUUUACAAGGGUCGCCAUGUCAAAACCUCUCAACUUGCCGCGAUCAAAAUAAUGAACAUCAGCGAGGAAGAGGAGGAGGAGAUCAAGUUGGAGAUCAACAUGCUCAAGAAGUACUCCCAUCACCCGAACAUUGCCACCUACUACGGCGCCUUCAUCAAGAAGCUCCCCUCAUCCACCGGCAAGCAGCAUGACCAACUCUGGCUGGUCAUGGAGUUCUGCGGAUCAGGAUCCAUCACCGACCUCGUCAAGACCAGCAAGGGAUCGUUGAGGGAAGAAUGGAUCGGAUACAUAUGCAAGGAGAUGCUGCAGGGUCUCUACCACCUGCAUCAAAACAAGGUGAUCCAUCGUGACAUCAAAGUUGGACAAGACGGUUGGGAGGAGGAAUACGUUCAUUGGAACGCCGUACUGGAUGGCCCCGAAGUGAUCGUUUGUGACGACAACCCAGAUGCCACAUACGACUCGCGCUCCGAUCUCUGGUCGCUCGGGAUCACCUCCCUCGAGAUGGCUGAAGGACAUCCGCCGCUUUGUGAUAUGCAUCCGAUGAGAGCCCUCUUCCUCAUUCCCCGAAACCCACCACCACGACUGAAGCGCAGCAAGAAAUGGGGCAAGAAGUUCGAGUCGUUCAUUGAAACCGUCCUCGUGAAAGACUACAAACAACGCCCAUACACGGAUCAGCUGCUCCGACAUCCAUUUGUGAGAGAUCUGCCUCCAGAGCGGAGCAUCCGAAUCGCCAUCAAGGAACAAAUCGACCGACAUAGGCGACUUCAUACCAAGAAAGAUGAAGGAGAGUAUGAGUACUCCGGUUCUGAAGACGAGGAGACGGGCCAGCCUCGAGCUAGCAAUCACGAGCCCAACCGUGGGGAUUAUUUGGCUCGAGACAGGACCGAGGCUGCAUCUAUGAUUCCGGCUGACGACACCUUGAGAAAGGGCUUCCAGCGGUUGCAGGAGAAUGGGCGCGGCGUGUUCGAGCAGCCCGGGGCUCCUCAACUCAAGCGGAUCUCAAAUCAACCGCGAGCUGGAGCGUCCCCUUCCCAGCGACCUCAUCAGCCGCACAAGCCAUAUUUAUACGCACCAGAUGCCAGGGAACGUGAGCAAGCCGUCAAAAUGCGAGCCCAAGCUGCUGCUCAGCAGCGGCCAAGCGGAAAUGGGGAAGCAAGGGACCGGAGGUCGAGACCGAUUAGUCAUCAUCAACGAUCCCCGCCUGCCCCUCAAUCCCACCCGGCAGCCCCUCAUCUGGCUGAGGUUCAGAAUUAUGACGAUCGGCGGCGACGCUCCGAGCGGGAAUACCGAAAUCGUGAUCAGCGAGAUCGAAGCGCACAUUCUCGACAGCCCCAGGCCCCCAACAGCAGCAGGAUGAUGCCCACGGUUAACGUCGGUAUGCCGCAACUCCGGAAAAUGUCCGAGCCCCUGCUUCAUCCUCAACAAGCACGACCGGAAGAUCUGGACGUGCUGGCCCAUGAGCUGUCCAGAAUGGGCGGUCGGGAGGGGGAGACGUCGGCUUCACCUCCACCACCUGCGCCUCCACCUCGGGAUGCGAGUAUUACGAGUGGAUUUGAUCAGGAAGAGGAAGGCUCCGGAACCCUCCGCGGGCCCAACAAACCCCUGCCUCCCACCCCCAACGAGCAUACCCCCGAUCAUGAACACCCAGAAAACGGCACCCUCCUUGGUCAACGUAAUGGAAGAAGCCCGAGUCAACAGCGACACCAUAUGGUCAAGGCCGCUUCUAUGCCCGAUUCUACAACGUCUACAGUUGAUGCGAGAUCUCCGGAAUUUGGGGUUGGCCACGAUUCUUCGAGUGAUGAUGAUCAGGACUCGGAUGAUGAGAGAAUCAUCCGCCCGAACCCGCUGGCGAUGCCGGACCUCCUCCCGAACACCCCCGAGUCGAGAAGAACCUUCCAAUCCGAGAGCAGCAUCGACGACACCGCCAAUGAGGAGUUCCCACAAAGCUCCAACGGUACCCCGAAAGCGUCGAUGUCAAAUGGGCAGAAUUUCGCGCAGCAACGGGAAAGAGAAAAAUCGUUUGUCGGCUACUUUGGCGGUGGCAUUGGCUCGAGCGGAAACGGAACUGUCAACCGUCCCGGAAGAACAACGGACCCGCUUUCUCAGGUGCAAGUCAACAUCAAUGUCAACCCAGCAGCCGGCUCCAAUGGAAUUACCGUGGACCAGGACGCUCCCGAGAUCCGAAAAUACAAGAAGAAGUUCUCGGGUGAUAUCCUGUGCGCGGCGCUCUGGGGUGUCAAUCUGCUAAUCGGAACGGAUAAGGGUUUGAUGUUGCUGGAUCGGUCGGGACAAGGAAAAGUCUACCCUCUCAUCAGCGGCCGUCGCUUCGAGCAAAUGUCGGUGUUGGAGGGGCAGAAUAUUCUUGUGACCAUCAGUGGAAAGAAGCAGCGGAUACGAGUCUACUAUCUAUCGUGGUUGAAGCAGAAGAUUUUGAGGACAGAGGGAGCCGGAGGUGUUCCUCAGGAAAAACGGAACGGCUGGGUCAACGUUGGUGAUCUUCAUGGCGCCAUCCACUUUAAGAUUGUCCGGUACGAGCGCAUAAAAUUCCUGGUCAUCGGCCUCGCCGACACGAUCGAGAUCUUCGCCUGGGCCCCGAAGCCGUACCACAAGUUUAUGAGCUUCAAGUCCUUCGGAUCCCUAUGCCAUCAACCGCUCGUCGUCGACCUGACCGUUGAGGAGAAUGCGAGAUUAAAGGUCCUCUACGGAUCCCAUGAGGGUUUCCACGCCAUCGACCUCGACAGUGCGGCCAUUUAUGACAUUUACACCCCACCCAACGGCCAGACGAGCAUGACACCACACUGUAUCGUGGUCUUGCCGAAUUCCCAUGGGAUGCAGUUGCUGCUCUGCUAUAACAACGAAGGCGUCUACGUAAACACCUACGGAAAGCGGUCAAAGAGCACGACGUUGCAAUGGGGAGAGUUGCCAUCGAGUGUUGCUUACAUCUCGACCGGCCAAAUCAUGGGCUGGGGCAAUAAGGCCAUCGAGAUACGAUCGGUUGACACCGGCCACCUCGACGGCGUCUUCAUGCAUAAGAAGGCGCAGAAGCUGAAGUUCUUGUGCGAGAGGAAUGAUAAGGUCUUCUUCUCAUCCGCCAAGGGAGGCGGCUCGUGCCAGAUCUACUUUAUGACGCUGAACAAGCCCGGUAUGACGAACUGG